UGAAGGCCCAAGCUUUGACAGUCACCCGUGGAAAACACACAGCAACGGAACGAAGUCAAGAAGCUGUUUGGAGAUAAAUAGUGAAGAAGUCAUAUCAUGGCGAUCGGGAUCGUUUUGUUGUAUGCUUGUGGGUUUAUAGCAGGUGUGGGAGGUUACGGAGACCUCAUGAUAGGCACCAUAGGUCAGGUCCGCAAUGGUAUUACGGCACCAAAUGGCAUAGAAUAUCUGGCGUCCCGGAUUUCUGAGGGCACCGGAUGCAUUAUCUCCAUCUCAAACAACGGAGACGGGACGCUGCGGGCGCCGCACUGGGACGUUUUUGAGGGGGAGGUGGAAGGAAGCGUGCCGCAAGAGAUCGGUCCCAGACAAUCCGUGGCUCUGAAAUUCCACAAGUCAAAGAUAGGAGCUCAAGGAGAUUCUGCACAGCAUCCGCCUGAAAGCAACCUAUGAAGUCUAGCCUUUGUUUCACACACAGGAACCCAUGCUCCUUCGUACAUCUGUUAUAUGAAAACUCAAUAAAAAAA